AUGGCGGAGAUGCAGCCAUCAUGCUCAGACAACGUCCAGCCUCCGGCMCAGAAAAGUACCCACAAACCGGCCACCAGUACCCCAGCAGGAACACAGAACCGCCUAACCAGUACCCAACAGAACCGGUCCCCCAGUACCCCAACAGGAACCUGUCCUCCAGACCCAACAGAACACAAACCGGUCCUCCAGUGCCCCAACAGAAACCCGUCCUCCAAUACAGCCCAACAGAACCGGCCUCCAGUACCCCAACAGAACCGUCCUCCAAGACCCCAGCACAAACACCCAAGAACCGGUCCUCCCAGUACCACAACUAGAACCGCGUCCUCCAGUACCACAACAGAAACGGUCCUCCAGUAUCCCAACAGAACACAUAACCCCGGUCCUCCAGUACCCAAACAGAGAACGGUCCUCCAGAUCCCAACAGAACACAAGAACCGGUCCUCAGUAACCCCCGACAGAACACAUUACCCGGUCCUCCAGGUAGCCAAACCAGAAACACCAAAACGGUCCCCUCCCCAGACCCCGACAAGAACCCGGUCCUCCAUACCACCCAGAAAACAUAACCCCGGUCCCUCCAGUACCAACAGAAACACAAGACACCGGUCCUCCAGUACCCAAAACCCAGACCCGCGCUCCAGUACCCCAACAGACCCACCCAGAACGCGCUCCCUCCAGUACACCCACAAAACCACCAGAACCGGUCCUCCAUACCCCAACCAGAAACACAGAACCUUCUCCAGUACCCAACAAGAACACAGAACCGGUCCUCCAACCCCCAACAGAACCGGUCCUCCAUACCCCAACAGAAUACAGAAAAAACCGGUCCUCCAAUACCCCAACAGAACGCCACCAGUACCCCAACAGAACACAGAAAACUGGUCCUCCAUACCCCCAACAGAACCGGUCCUCCAGUACCCCACAGAACACAAAGAACCGUCCCCAAUACCCAAAAGCAGAACCGCGGUCCACCAGUACACAACAGAACACAGAACUGGUCCUCCAGUACCCCAACAGAACACAGAACCGGUCCUCCAUACCCCAACAGAACCGGUCCUCAGAUACCCCAAACAGAAACUGGUCCUCCAGCUACCCCAACCAGAACACAGAACGGUCCCCCAGUCACCCCAACCAGAAACCGGAGCACCAGUACCCCCAACAGAACACAAGAAACCGCCGUCCUCCAGUACCCCAACAGAACGGUCCUCCAGUUACCAGCACAGCAACACAAACCGGUCCUCCCAAACCCAACAGAACCGGUCCUCCAACUACCCCAACAGAACACAGAACCGGUCCUCAAUACCCCGACAGAACCGCGUCCUCCAAUACCCCAACAAGAACCCCGGUCCUUCCCCAGUACCCCAACAGAACACUGAAACCGCGCCUCCAGUACGCCCAAACCAGAAACACAGAACCGGUCGCCAAUACCCCAAAAAUAACCGGUCCUCCAGUACCACACAUAACACAGAACCGGUCCUCCAGUACCCCAACAGAAAACUGGUCUCCCAAGUACCACAACAGAAACAGAACCGGUACUCCAGUACCCCAACAUCAACUGCACGUCCUCCAGUACCACAACAGAACACCAGAAACCGUAAUCCAGUACCCCAACAGAACCGGCCUCCAAUACCCCAACAGAAAUUCUCCAGUAUACCCCCAAUAGAACACAGAACCAGUCCUCCUAGUACCCAACAGAACACAGAACUGGUCCUCCAGUACCCCAACAGAACCGUCCUCCAAUACCCCAAACAGAACCGGUCCUCCAGUACCCAACAGAACCGGUCCUCAACAGUAACCAACAGAACCGGUCCUCCAGUACCCCAAACAGAACCCGUCCUCCAGUACCACCAAAUCAGAACACAGAACAUGGUCCUUCAGUACGCACCAACAGAACACCGAACCAGUCUCUCACGUCACCCCAACCAGAACACAGGAACUGGUCAUCCAGUACCACACAAGAACCGGUCCUCCAAUACCCCAACAAACCAGUCCUCCAGUACCCCAAACAGGAACACAAACCAGUCCUCCAGUACGCCCAACAGAACCGGUCCUCCAGGUACCCAACAGAACCGGUCCUCCAGUUACCCCAACAGAACCGGUCUCCAGUACCCAACAGAAUACAGAACCGUCCUCCCAGACCCCCACAGAACACAAACUGGUCCUCCAGUACCCCAACAGAACCGCGUCCUCCAGUACCACAAGCAGAACCGUCCUCCCAAUACCCCACACACGAAACCGGUCCGCCAGACCCCAACAGAAAUACAGAACCGCGUCCUCCAGUCACCCAACCCCAGAACACAGAAACGCGUCUCCUCCAACCCCAACAGAACACAUAACUGGUCCCCCAUACCCCAAACCAGACAUCCGGUCCUUCCAUACCCCAAACAGAACCCGGUCCACCAGGUACCCCAGCAGAAGCAACAGAACCCGCGUCCUCCAGUACCCCAAAACCGCGUUCCCCCACUACCCCCAACAGAACCGGCCUCCAUACCCAACAGAACACAGAACCCGGUCCUCCAGUGCCCCCAACAGAACCGGUCCCUCCAAUACCCCAACACGCAACCGGUCCUCCCAGUACCCCAACAGAAUCCGGCCUCCCAGUACCCCAGCAAACCACAAAAACCGGUGCCUCCAGUACCACCAACAGAACCGGUCCUCCAGUACCACAACAGAAACGGUCCUCCAGUAUCCCCAACAGAAACACAUAACCGGUUCCUCGUACCCCACACAGAAACACCGGUCCUCCCAGGCCUAUCCCCAACCAGACACAACCAGACCCCGUCCUCCAGUCUAACCCCCGACAGCCAGAACACGAUUACCGUCCUCCAGUACCCAACAGAACACAAAACCGCGUCCUCCGAGUAA